CAUUCAGCGAACCAUGAGCUUGCGUUCUGUUCUGCGGAAACAAAACCAACCAGCCCACCCGAUCCGCGGGUCAGGUUUUCUUCCACUCAAAGCCUUCCCCCCGGUCCGGAAACAACAGCGACCAUGAACUUCCUUCUCAGUAACGAGGAGAAUGAGGCCAUCGCCGCCGUCGAAGCCAUCAAUGCAAUCAACAACACUAAUACGAUCCGGUCGGGCCACUCGACAUGCUUGCGCUUCAACCGAUCCGGCGAUCUCCUGGCCUCUGGUAGAGUCGAUGGCACAGUGGUCAUCUGGGACAUUGAAACCAUGGGCGUGGCAAGGAAGAUGCGGGGUCACCAUAGGAGCAUCACGUCUCUGAGCUGGUCAAGAUGUGGCCGCUACCUAUUGUCGGCGUGUCAAGGGUGGAAGGCCGUCUUGUGGGAUCUAAAGGACGGCAGGCGGUAUCGUGAAGUCCGCUUUCGAGCUCCGGCGUACAUCGCGGAGCUCAACCCAUUCAAUCAUCACCAGUUUGUCGCCUCAAUAUUCGAGGAGCAGGCGAUUCUUGUCGAUGUAUCAGACGUCACUGAUGUCAAGUACCCCUUGAGCUCGGUGCCGAAACGACCCGACAUAGACGGAGAGCCCACUGAGAAGCAGCUGAAGGACGACGCGAAGCAGAUGACAACCUCCACCAUUUAUACCUCCACGGGCGAGCAUAUCUUGGCGGGGACAAAUAAGGGAUGGAUUAAUGUCAUCGAUGUCAAAACCAGAAAGACAAUAUACUCGGAGAAGCCUUGCAGCGGCGUCAUUACAACGUUGCGUCUGAACAACUCUGGAAGGGUGCUUCUGAUCAAUGCGCAGGAUCGUAUCGUCCGAACAUUUCACCUCCCGAACCUUGCGGCCGAAGACCUCGACCUCGACACGGUACACUUUACGGAGGAACACAAGUUUUCAGAUCAAGUCAACAGGCUGUCAUGGAACCAUGUUACGUUCAGCUCGGCCUCUGAGUACGUUGCCGCGUCAACGUACAACAACCACGAGAUAUACGUUUGGGACAGAGGCAUCGGCAGCACAGGGCUCAUCAGAAUCUUGGACGGCCCCAAAGAAGAGCAGGGGGUUGUGGAAUGGCAUCCUGAGCGACCUUUCAUCGCAACGUGCGGCCUCGAGACCGGGAGGAUAUACAUAUGGUCCGUCAUACCCGAACAGAAAUGGUCCAGGCUUGCGCCCGACUUUGCUCAGGUCGAGGAGAACCAGGAGUACGAGGAGAUGGAGGACGAGUUCGAUAUCUACGGCCAGGAGGAGUUGCAGAAGAGGCGGUUGGACGCGGAGGACGAGGAUGUUGAUGUUGUUACCUCGACUAUCGUGAACGGGCACUCUGGCGGAACAGGCGAUUUUCGCAUGCCCAUUCUCUUUGAUCUCGGGGAGAGCGAUAGCGAGGAGGAGUUCAUUGCUGUGUCGACCGGGACCAUGCGGAGAAGAAGUCCGGGUGUGGACGGAGAGAUACCCGACAGCGAAGUUGUAGAGGAUAAAAUGCCUUCAAGAAAGGGACGGUCAGGUAGGGGAGGCAGAAGACGAUAGACCAAAUACCAAAUACCCUUGUUGUUUUUUGCAAUGAGCUCGCAGUUGCGCCUCGUUUGGGUUGGUUUGGGGGAGUUCCCAACACGCGUGACAUGGCGUUGGAUCGCCUCGCCAUGGGCGAGCUUCGUUGGUGUGCGGGGCCCUAGUUGGUGGUAUUGUUUGCCCUGUCGCAUAAGUCAUGGGAGAAGUCUCCCCCUACUCAUGAGCUGAGAUGCAGUCCGUGACAUUUCCUCCUUUGGUACCUCCUUCCUCCUGGGCGGGUAUGCGAGGAUACGACACAGUAAAGGUACUUGAGAUCAGCAUUGAUUUUGG